AUGGUGUUGGUGCUGCGAGCCCUGCUGCCCUGCUUCUGCACCCUGCUCUCCCUGGACCUGCUGCCUAGGGUGGAACUAGCUGUCCCCCUGGAGGACUUCUACCCCUUUGGCCAGGACGAGGGGGACUUGCUGACCAACUCUCAGGACGACGGAGGCUCUGGGCUGGUGGAGAUCUCUGUUGCAUUCCCCUUCUUUGGUGACAGGCACACAGGACUGUAUGUAAACAACAAUGGCCUUGUAUCUUUCCUGAGGGAGGUGUCUCAGUUCACACCGGUAGCUUUUCCAAUUGCCGGGGACCGAAGGGUCGUGGCACCAUUCUGGGCAGAUGUGGACAACCGUCGCUUCGGUAAAGUAUACUACAGGGAGAGUACGAAUCCCUCCAUCCUGAAGAGGGCUAGCGAUGAUGUCAGCAUGUACUUCUCAGAAUUCCCCGACUUCACUGCAACAUGGAUUCUCAUCUCUACGUGGCACCAAGUUACUUUCUUUGGAGGCAACACCCUCACACCGGUGAAUACUUUUCAAGUGGUGCUCAUUACAGACGGAGAGCUUUCCUUCACCAUAUUCCAGUACAACAACAUCACUUGGACCACAGGCAUGCAUGCCAGCAGUGGGGGGAACAUGGCCGGGCUGGGUGGGAUCGCAGCGCAGGCAGGUUUCAAUGCUGGCGAUGGAAAGCGCUAUUUCAACAUCCCUGGUUCUCGUACGGAUGAUGUGGUCGAUGUGGAGGGAACCACCAACGUGGGCUACCCUGGCAGAUGGGUCUUCCGUAUAGACAAUGCACAAGUGGAAGUGGGCGGCUGCAAUGAUUCAGCUUCAGUGUGCCCACACCUGCGACCGUGUCUGAACGGAGGUCAGUGCAUUGAUGACUGUAUUACAGGCAACCCCUCCUUCACUUGCUCCUGCUUGGCCGGCUUCACCGGUCGAAGAUGCCAGAUCGAUGUAAAUGAGUGUGCUUCAAAUCCUUGCCAGAAUGGAGGGACCUGUGAGGACCAGAUUAAUAGUUUCAUCUGUCAGUGUCCACCUGCAUACACUGGGACUCUGUGUGAAACAGACAUUGACGAGUGCAAAGACCGACCCUGCCUCAACAACGGGUUGUGUGUACAAGGUGUUGGCAGUUUCACCUGUGUGUGUGAACCAGGUUACACUGGUGUCCUGUGUGAGACAGAUAUAAAUGAAUGUGAGUCUCAGCCCUGUCUGAAUGGAGGAGAGUGCGUCGAUCAGGUGACCAACUUCACCUGUAUUUGCCCAGCCACCUUCACGGGAACACGCUGUGAGACAGAAUUGGUCGUGCUUCAAGUGAAUUCAACUCAAGCAGAAAAUCAAACAGUACUCUGUGAGGGAGAUGAUUGUAAGGAGCACCAGAAUUGUGAAUACACCAGCAGUGGAAUCUACAAUUGUACAUGCUCUCCCGGCUACUAUGGCGACAAGUGUGAAGAGGAGUGUCUUUGCCAGAAUGGAGGUGUCUGUGUGGACAUCAAUGGGACUUGUGAAUGCCCCACGGGCUACACAGGACUCUACUGUCAGUUUGAGGUAACCCAGACCCCAUGCAGUAACAGCAGGCCAUGUCCUGACGGGGGUCCAUGUUUGGAGUAUGGAGGGACCUAUUUGUGUACCUGCCAGACUGGAGGAGCAGAGCAUGAUCAUAAAGACUUCUACCCCCCUGUGUAUGUACAGCCCCGAUCCGUCUGUGACUCCUCUCCGUGUCUGAAUGGAGGCUACUGCUAUGAGCGGGAUGGAGGCUACACCUGUGAAUGCAAAUAUGGAUACUGGGGGAAGCAUUGUGAGAAAGUUAGACUCAAUACCUGUGCCUCUGGUCCCUGCCGCAAUGGAGGCUCGUGUAAGGAGGAGACGGGGGGGUAUCGAUGUGUGUGUCCAUACAGGUUCACAGGAAAACACUGUGAAGUGGGAAAGCCAGACCCCUGCGCCUCCAGCCCAUGUCUGAAUGGUGGAACGUGUUUUCACUACAUAGGGAAGUAUAAAUGUGAGUGCACUGAGGACUACAGCGGCAGACACUGUGAGAUAAGCAGGAGCUCAGCACAUUCUUCAGCAGAGCUGGGCUGUGGGCCACCGCCACAGGUGAAACAUGCUGAGGUCCAGUUCUCCUCUACAAUGCCAGGCUCCAUGGCACUUUAUGUAUGCCACUCAGGCUUCACGCCUGUGCCCAGAGCCACCCAGAGCAUCUGUGGUAUUCAGGGAGACUGGAGCCAGCCGCCUGUCUGUGAGGAGAUCAAUGAGUGCCUGUCACAGCCCUGCCUUAAUGGGGGUACAUGUCGCGACCGGGUGGCAUCCUUCCUGUGUGAGUGUGAUGUUGGCUUCAGUGGAAACCGCUGUCAGACAGACAUAGAUGAAUGCCUUUCCGAACCUUGCAAGCAUGGGGGAACAUGUGAGGACCAGCCUGGCACUUACCUCUGUCAUUGCCUGCAAGGCUUCAAAGGGCAGAACUGUGAAUUAGAGCAGGAUGGGUGUGAGUCCAACCCCUGUUUAAACGGUGGUGUGUGUCGGGGUUACAGACGGAAUUAUCUCUGUGUGUGUAAAGACGGUUUCUUUGGGGACCAGUGCCAAAUGUUGGAGAACCCCUGUGUACUGCAGCCUUGUGGAAACCGCGGCCUCUGCAGGAGUGACAAGAGAGGCAACUACAACUGCGUUUGCAGAAUAGGACACACAGGCAAGGACUGUGAGAAAGAUCUGUUGCCCCCCUCUGGUCUCCAUGUGUUGCGUGUGGAGGAGAAUGAAGUGGAGCUGCGCUGGGACGAGCCAGACCCCUCUCAUAGUUUGGUCAGCGGCUUUGCCGUCACCUACGCCCCCCUGGGCCGGGGGAACCGCAAAACAGACUUCCUUGACAAACAACAAUCCACCCACAUCCUGCGAGGCCUGAUGCCCGGCCUGCUGUACAACAUCUCCACCUUCUCUGUCAAACGCAAUGCCAACAGCAAUGACAUCAGCCAGCCCGCCAUCGCACUAAUACGCACAAGGCCGCGGCGGGUGGAGCAGCUGCAGGUGGUCAAUGUGUCUUCCUCUCAGGUUUGGCUGCGUUGGCUGGUUCAGGCAGCUCGUCACGCAGCAGUCAGCCAGGUGCGCGUGUCUCUUACGCCGUCAGAUGGGAGCGGGGCUCGCACCACCUUGCUCAACACGAGCACCACCGAGUAUGCCUUCAGUUCGUUACUUCCUGGUCAGAUGUACACAGUGGACAUGAUGACUCAAAGUGGAACCAGACCAGAUGAGUUUCCCUCCACCAGCCACUCAGCUGGACCACUGCAAGUCUGGACAAGGCCUCUCCCCCCACAGAACCUGUCCUUGUCACAUGUGACCACCAACUCAGCCCUGAUCACCUGGAACCGCCACCCCAGAAACAUCCCAGAUGGCUUUGUGGUCAAUGUGACCCGAGGGUUGAAUACCAGGAGUCGCUUCCUACCCAAUGGGAAGUUAGGAUCGUAUACCCUGCGUGAACUGACCCCGGGACAGCAUUACUAUCUGGCCCUCACGGCUGUGAAGAACACAGGACAGGAACAGAUCCACAGCAUACCUCAGCACUUGGCCUUUACUACUUUGCCGAUGGAGGGCCGAGGGGUGAGGAGAGAGAGGCCAACAGCAUCAGGGCAGGGAACCCAAGUCACUCGCACACUUGCCCCAUCUCAACCUCAGGACCUGGGAGUCACAGCGGAAACAGAACACUCUGAGGAGCUGCCCAGAUACACAGAACUUAUCGACAGAAGAGGAAAGAUAACAGCUCAAUUCACUAACUUGCCUAGAAAGGCCAUCCGACAUCGUACAAAACCAGAGCCACCAGUUAGGUUAGAGAAGAUGGAAGAAACAACAAACAAAAUCAGCCUUGCACUAGAGAUUCAAGAAGAAGGCUUAAGAACAAAGCCUGAGUUGCCCCGGGACUGCCGCAGUCGGCCCUGCCAGAAUGGGGGUACGUGUGUGAAGGGAAGUGACUCCUUCAGCUGCGACUGUGCAACUGGAUUCAAGGGCAGACAGUGUGAACUGUUAUGCCAGCGAGUGCCACACCCUUGUACCCGUCUCUACUCUGAAACAAAGAGUGUGCCUGUCUGGGAGGGUGGAGUUUGCCAUUACCUGUACAAAAGGACUUACAAAGUACAGCAGGAUGUUUGUUACCGAGAGAUUUGUGAACCAUUGCUUCCCAAGAAAAGUCAAAUUAGAAGAACAGACAGACAACAAUAAAGAGCAUGUGGAUACUGAUGAAAGGACCAUCGUCAAUGUCGUGAAAACUUUGUAACUUCAAUUUUGGUGUUUUUAAUUUACUUGAAGUGAAAACUGAUUAUGGUUUUUUAUUUGCUAAGAAACCCAUUCCGAUCCCACUAUGAAAUUAGAGAAAUUGAGCAUCACAAAUCUGAAAAUAAGGUCGCAUUUUAUUAGUUCCCAAAAGAUGACUUUUUGGUGGUACAGUGUUUGUAGCUGCAAGCUUUUUGAAAGGACUUCAAUCAAAUCAGACAAAUGAAACAUGGACAAAUCAUCUAUGGGAUGGUGCAGGUUGAUGGAAAUGUUUGAUUCUUCAUUUUCACACAAAUAAGAUUGACAAAUUUAAUGAUGAGCAAUGCAGUGCAGUGUGUCCUGCCUCCAAGACCUCAUAUACCUCAUAUCCAUGUCCAUGCUGACUCAUUAGGAGAGGUUUUUAGUUGUGAUUCAACUGCAGCAUUGUCCCUCAGGGAAAUCGGUUAGACUCUCCAUGUCCCGAUUUUUUUUUUUUGUAUACCACCAUCAUGCUCUCCUUACAAAGAAGUUGGGAAAAUGCAUAUUUUUGCCACUCCUUUUUAAUUCAUCUGUUCUCCAGAGCGAGUAGUCUGGCAAUGGUUCACAAUAUUUUCAGUGUAAAAUAUCAUUCCUUGUCUCUUUGCAGGCAUCCAGGCUUGCUAUUGUGUAAAUAGUGUUUAUAGUCUGUUUUGUAGGUGAAUAUUUUAAUAAUAAAAGUGUUAAAAUGUU